AUGAAGCUCCUCAGCACCAUCUCCAUCUCACUUCCCCUGCUUCUCCUUACUUCGGUCUACGCAGACCCAAGGGCAUGUACUGGCGAUACCAAAGUACUGAACCCUUCUUACUUUACCCUCAAUGAGACCGACAACAGGUUCCUCCCGGCGCUGUCCAAGAUCUUCACCGAUGCCGGCAAGAAGGUUACGGUCACGCAGGUUCUCGCGGACGCGAAUCGGGACCUGCAAAAGGGCACAGCCGCCUUUCCAAUGUCAGAGCGGUGGCUCUGGAAUUCGGGCGACGAGUCCACCACCAAGUGGAUUCCACAAGGAAUGACCAGCUCUGGCGAUGCUCUGGCCGUCGGGACGUACGAGGGCAAGGACGUCUGGCUUGCCAGCUGGUACCAAAAGGAAGGCGAUGCCAAUGUCCGCGUAAGCUUCGUGGACCGCGCGACGCAUAAGUACCGCCACGUUAUGCUGGUGGAGCCAAGCGCUGCGGAUAACUUCAAAUCGGUGCCGAUCCAUGCGGGCGGCAUUGCUUGGUACGGCAAUGCCCUGUACGUGGUCGAUACCGAUCAUGGCCUGCGGGUGUUCGACAUGGACAAUAUCUGGAAAGUCGAGAGCGGCGAUGGGAUCGGUAAGAUGGCUGGAGGCGGCUACUCGGCCGCCAAUUAUGCCUAUGUCCUUCCUCAGACGAGGGUCUAUAAUUGGACUGAACUCCAGCCAGACUCCAAAUUCCGGCAUUCCUGGGUCGCUCUUGAUCGUCUUGACUCGCCCGACACUCUGCUGAUCGGCGAGUACCAGACCGAUGACACCUCAACUCCCAUCCGUCUGGUCAAAUAUCCCCUGGACUACACGACACGCCGGCUGCGCAAGACCGGCUCGACAGUAGCAACCGCAUCCUGGGCAUACUGCGUCAAUAUUCUUCGCAUGCAGGGCGGAUUCUCCCGCAAUGACACUUUCUACCUGGGACGCAGCAAUGGUGAGAACAAUGGAGGUGAUCUAUUCACAUGGACCCCCGGAGAGGCAGCCGUCGGCUCUAGCUACUUCCCUCCAGGAAAUGAGGAUCUGAGCUACAAUGAGGCAAAGAAGGAGUGGUACUCUGUGACCGAAUGGCAGAACCAGAGAUACAUCUUGGCAUACAAGAAGGAGAUACCGUGA